AUGGCGGAGAGGGGAGGAAGCGGCGAGGGGUCGUCGUCGUCGCCGGGGAAGAAGGCGAGGAAGCCCUACACCAUCACCCGGCCCAGGGAGCGGUGGUGCCCCGAGGAGCACGAGCGCUUCCUCGACGCCCUCCUCAGGUUCGGCCGCGACUGGAAAAAGAUCGAGGAGCACGUCCGCACCAAGACCGCGGUGCAGAUACGCAGCCACGCCCAGAAGUACUUCCUCAAGGUCCAGAGGCUGGGCCUGGCCGCCGGGCUGCCGCCGCCGCAGCACCCGAGCCGCAGGCUCGCCCUGUCGCGGCAGCAGACCUCGCCGGCCGACGGGACGGCAGUGCUGCACGGACAGCCGCAGCAUUAUCCGACCGACAUGCAGAACUUGGACUGGGCGGGCAGUUCAGGCACUUCAGCCUGGGUGAGCCAUGGAGGUGCAGGGAGCCAGACCGAACCAUCUGCAUCAACACAUCCAGGUGGCAGCUCAUUCAUGGGGACGCCGAGCUUCGAUGACACGGGCAUGGACUGGACUGGCACGGGCAGCACAGGCGAAGCGUCGGCCAUCGCCGAUGCAGAGGACGAGACGAUUCCGCUCCCAUUGUCGCCAGACGACAUGCAUUUCACGCGGGUAUACCGGUUCAUCGGCGACAUAUUCGACCCGGCCACGCCGUGCCGUAUCGAGGCCCACCUGCAGAAACUCAAGGACAUGGAUGGCAUCACAGUCAAGACGAUCCUGCUGGUGCUAAGGAACCUCGAGACGAACCUGACAGCGCCUCAGUUUGAGCCCAUCAAAUGUCUUUUACUGAUAAUAGGAAAUAUAAGAAUUUCUCUCUAUAAUUUUGCCUUGGCGUUUGGCAAGGCUCCGUGCCUGGAUAUGCUCUGUGUCGAGCCAUCAGAGUUGGAUGUCCUCCCAUGUUGGCUAGGAAAAACACCGGCACACUCUGGAAGAUCUGAAGCGGGUUGGGCUUGGCUCUUGAAUGGGGUUUAUUUUUCUGGGCACACUUUAUUUGCUGGGCAGAAUAAGUUAUGGAAGUUUCAUCUCGGACCGAACGAACAAUGGCCAAGGGUCUUAUAA